AUGGAAAUAGGUUUGCUUCUCCUUCUUCAAGAUCAAAACGGAGUAUCCCAUCGUCAGAAGCCAAUAACAUUCACUGAUGAGGUUUUUUAACAAUCAUAUUCUAACUAAUUUGAAUGUUUGUUUUAGACGACAAUCAAAGAGUUGAGCGAGGCAAUCAAUUCCUUUUGGUUUAUUCAUCAAAAUUAUCAAGAAUUAUAUCACAACGGGAAGCAGAUUUUAUCGCUAAAGUCUACAUUAAAACAAAUUGGUGUGAAGGACGACGACGAGAUUGUGAUCGUAAGUGUUUUUAUUAUUUUUUUUGUUCAUUUAGCAUUACUAACAAUUAAUUGUAAGCCAAAAUUACUAAUUGUAAGCCAAAAUUAUAUUAAAGGUUUUUAUUGGAUAUACGUAUGUAGAUCUUUUCAUGGGUAAAUUUGACGAUUUUUGAGAUUCAAAAAGUGCUUAAUUUUUAUAUACAUAGCUAGCGGAUUCUGUAAAAUUGCUCUCGAGUUGAAUAAAAUUAGUAAAAUUGCUCUGUAAAAUUGUUUAUUUUCAGAAACAUGCUGAUCUUCCAUGGUGGAUCGAGUACAAAGAAUGUGUUGAGUUAGUGUUGAAGCAGCGCUCGGACAAAGUUGAAAUCGCAAAAGAAGCUGUCCAACAUCACGAACGUUUAACCAAAAGCGGAUUCUUCAAUGUCUACGCCCAAUUCAACAACUUUCGAAGACAGAAUCAUACUAAAGUCGCUGCUUGGACCGAUGGUGACGUGGAAUUGAUUCGUAAAGCGACGGAGCAGUACUUCCACAAUCUCCAUGAUCAGAAGAGAGGAAAUGAAGAUUCCAAAUUCAUUUGUUAUUUCGAAGAACGAGACGCGGACUUAGGAGGCAGGCCAACGAACACACUUGCGUUUGUACAGAUUCAUGGAGAAGAUUCGGUUUCGAAGUACAACAUUAAGUAUGUUUUCCAUUCAUUCAUUCAAGAUCCUUUUCUGUUUAGAUGCCAUCAUUAUGGCCCAAAAGACUCGAGCUCAGGACAGGUGCCGGACGUCUCCGAAUUCUAUUGCUAUAAAUUGUUAGCAUUAAUCGGUGUCUGCCCCAAAUCUCAUAUUAUCCCUCCUUGUAUAUCGACUGGAACCAAAACAAGCACGUGAGGAUUUUACAGCUUUGCGUAUACAUAUACAUCUUUGCAUAUUUCAGAUACAUUGCUACUCAAUGGGACGACAGAUUCGAGCUUCUUGAAAACGUUAUUAAUGGGAACAGCCUUUGCGCGGAUGUCGUUGUUCAAUUGAGUAUGCUUAGAGUGCUCCUAUUCAUUUCUGAUCUACAUGAACAGAACUGCGGUUUGUUUUAGAGUCUGAAAACUAUAAUAUAAUUGAUUUUAGGAAGGUGGAAAGGGACACAGCACGCCGCAAUUGUUGACUUUGCCCCUACAAACGAUUUCAAGAUUUAUCCAGAUAUCAAAAGCGAACUGAUCACAACUUUUCCACACAAAGGAUGGAAAAAACAAUAUUCUGCUGUGAAAAAUCAACACGACGACAACUCCUGGUUGAAGAUCGCAAAGGUGUAUUUGGAUAAGUGGGAUCUCUCAAACAAGAUCGAAUUGGCUCGUGAACCAUUUGAUCCAACUAAAGGCCUCCUUAAAGGGCUAGAAAUUGGAUUCAAAAAACGACAAUUCCGUGUUAGUCCCACCGACCAACUGAACGAAUACAUCGACACAUUGCAAAAAAAUUUGGAGCAUCUUCAGACUCUUUUGAAUUCCAUUGUUUAG